UACAUACAUGUGAAACACUUUCGAACUGUCAAGUGAAUUAGUGGGAUCUUAGUUAUUAAUUUCUGCCAGACAAAAAUUGAUUCAUUAAGAUUAUUCUAAAACUUGGUGCGAAAUAUUAUAAUCAUGGCAUCGCAAGUUUUUUUAUUAUCACGAAAUGUGCAGAAAAUCGUCAAACCAACUGCGUUAUUAAAACGGUAUGCAUCUGGUCAUGCACCAAAUCUUCAUAAAGUUCUACUUAACGUACCAGCUACGGAAGUAUCAACACUUGAUAAUGGACUCCGUGUAGCCAGCGAGGAUUCAGGUGCAGCAACAGCUACAGUUGGUUUGUGGAUUGAUGCUGGGUCUCGUUACGAAACACCACAAAACAAUGGUGUAGCCCACUUUCUUGAACAUAUGGCUUUUAAAGGUACUGCGAAGCGCUCUCAAACGGAUUUGGAACUUGAGGUCGAAAAUUUAGGAGCCCAUUUAAAUGCAUAUACAUCUAGAGAACAAACUGUGUUCUAUGCUAAAUGUUUAUCAAAUGAUGUGUCCAAAGCGGUUGAAAUAUUAGCUGACAUUAUUCAAAAUUCGAAACUUGGCGAAAGUGAAAUUGAACGUGAGCGCGGAGUUAUAUUACGCGAAAUGCAAGAAGUUGAAAGCAACUUACAAGAGGUUGUUUUCGACCAUUUGCAUGCUACUGCAUAUCAAGGAACUCCGCUAGGUCAAACCAUUUUAGGUCCAACAAAAAACAUAAAGUCAAUUGGAAAAAGUGAUCUCAAUGAUUAUAUUAAAUCACAUUAUAAAGCAGCACGUAUUGUUUUGGCAGGUGCAGGUGGAAUAAAGCACAACGAUCUUGUAAAAUUAGCAAAUGAACAUUUAGGAAAACUAGAAAACACAUACGAUGGAAAACCACCAUCAGUAACUCCCUGCCGUUUUACAGGGUCAGAAGUUCGUGUGCGAGACGAUGCUUUGCCCUUAGCUCAUAUAGCAAUUGCAGUUGAAGGUUGUGGAUGGACAGAUCAAGAUAACGUACCAUUAAUGGUCGCAAAUACUUUGAUAGGAGCAUGGGAUCGUUCACAAGGGGGCGGUGUAAACAAUGCAUCAAAAUUAGCCGCUCAUAGCGCAGAAUCAAAUCUCUGUCAUAGCUUCCAAUCGUUUAAUACUUGUUAUAAAGAUACUGGAUUAUGGGGUAUUUAUUGGGUGUGUGAUCCCCUUCAAUGCGAGGAUAUGCUUUACAAUGUCCAAAGUGAAUGGAUGCGUUUAUGCACGAUGGUAACUGACAGUGAAGUGGAAAGGGCCAAAAACCUAUUGAAAACAAAUAUGCUUCUUCAAUUGGAUGGAACAACUCCAAUAUGCGAAGAUAUUGGUCGACAAAUUUUAUGCUAUAAUCGUCGUAUUCCAUUACAUGAACUUGAAGCUAGGAUUAAUCAUGUUACUGCGCAAAAUGUCAAAGAUGUUUGCAUGAAAUAUAUUUAUGAUAGAUGUCCAGCUGUUGCAGCUGUGGGUCCUGUUGAAAAUUUACCGGAUUAUAACCGAAUUCGUUCAUCCAUGUAUUGGCUUAGAAUCUAAAUAACGUAAAUAAUUUGAAUUAUUAAUAAAAUUGAUGUUUAAAAUUUUUUUAAAUUAAUUUUCAAAAUUUAUCAAAGAAGAAAUAUGUAUUUAUAUUUGUUGUAUAAGAAAAGUAAAAAAUAUGAAAAAACGCUUUGAAAACUAACGGAAA